GCUUUGUGCAACUUUUGCAAACGCCGCUCCUCCUUCGGCACUCCAAUUAGGCAGUCUAGCAAAACUUAGCUACGCUGUGCAGCGUUAAUUGCAAAAUUGAAAGUCAUUCGGCAAACAAAAUCAUAAAUCCACCGCUCAUUUGGCGACAAAUUGGAUUUCCGCUUUAAGUGCAAUUCGGUGUGCAGUUCGAAAAACGUGAAUCUAGCGGUGGGUUGCAUGAAAGCACUGCGCCAGCUGCACAGACUAGGAAAGGAUAGCGGAUUCCUUUUUCAAUAUAUCCUUCGUAAAGGCGCACAACGGAUUCAUCCAAUUACAACAUACCUGUCGUUAUAUUUAUUCUAUUCAGGGCAGUUACGAAGUGUCGAAUUGAGGGCGGCAAAAUUUAGUCGAUUAGCAAUGCCCGAAGUGCAGGAAGAAAUGCCUACCUUCCAGUAUCCGGAAGCCAGAAGGGAUGAGUCGAUCGUGGAUGAGUUCCAUGGUGUGAAGGUUUCGGAUCCAUAUCGCUGGUUGGAGGAUCCCGACUCGGAAGAAACCAAAGCGUACGUAGAAAAGCAAAACCAAAUAUCCCAACCGUUUCUGGAGCGCUGCCCCGAGUGGAAGAAGCUGAAUGAAAAUUUAACCAAACGUUGGAACUAUCCCAAGUAUUCGUGCCCGUUCAAAAACGGCGAUCGGUAUGUGUUUUUCAAAAACACCGGAUUGCAGAAUCAGGAUGUGUUGUACAUUCAAGACUCAUUGGAUGCCGAACCGAGGGUUUUCCUGGAUCCCAAUGCGCUGUCCUCGGAUGGAACCAUCGCUUUAGUCGGUACAAGAUUCUCGGAAGACGGAAAUCUUUUCACGUAUGGCCUUAGCCAAAGUGGGUCCGACUGGGCCAAACUCAAGGUGCGGGAUGUGAACACCGGAGAAGAUUUUCCCGAAACCCUCGAACACACCAAGUUUGUGACGGCUUCGUGGACCAAGGAUAACAAAGGUUUCUUCUACUCUCGCUACCCUGUUGUAGAGGGGAAAGCCGACGGCUCGGAGACGGCAGCCAACGAGAAUCAGAAGCUGUACUAUCAUCGGGUUGGGGAAGGCCAGGAUAAAGAUGUGCUGAUUGCCGAUUUUCCCGAGGAGCCCUCAUGGAGACUAUCACCCGAAGUAUCUGAUUGUGGCAAGUAUUUGGUUCUGUUCAUCAUGAAAGGCUGUAAGGAUAUGCUGUUGUACUUCAGCAAGCUUGGAAAAUCCGAAGACAUCACUGGGAAGCUAGAUUUUGUUAAGGUCGUUACCGAAUUCGACAGUGAUUACGAUUACAUCACCAAUGAGGGCAGUAUUUUCACGUUCCGUACGAACAAAAAUGCACCAAACUAUCGUCUGGUGAACAUUGAUUUCGAUAACCCCGCUUUUGAACAUUGGAAGACGCUGGUCCCGGAACAUGAGAAGAACGUCCUUGAGUGGUCGCACUGCGUCAACCAGGAUAAGGUGGUGCUUGGCUAUCUGGACGAUGUGAAAUCGGUGGUGCAGGUGCACAACCUUACCGAUGGUAGUUUCGCUUCCAAGUUUCCGCUAGAAAUUGGAAGCAUAUUAGGUUUUAGCGGCAAGAAAAAGUAUUCGGAAAUUUUUUUCCACUUUGUGUCAUUUUUGACACCGGGUAUUAUUUACCAUUAUGAUUUCGCGAAGGAUAACGCGGAACCAACGAUCUUCCGGGAGGUUCAGGUGGAGGGCUUCGAUAGUAGUCUUUACAAGGUCGAACAAGUCUUCUACAAAAGCAAGGAUGACGAACGCAUUCCGAUGUUUAUUGUACAAAAGAAAGCCGAGAAGCAAGAACAUAAACCCUGCUUUCUGUAUGGAUAUGGAGGUUUCAACAUUUCAAUACACCCAUCUUUCAACAUCACUGGUAUAGUGUUCGUCGAUUCCUUCGACGGCAUUUUAGCGUACCCCAAUAUUCGAGGCGGCGGUGAAUAUGGCGAGCGGUGGCACAAUGGUGGGCGCUUGCUGCAGAAACAAAACGUAUUCGAUGACUUCCAAUAUGCGGCGCAAUAUCUAGUCGAGAGCGGUUACACACGUCACAAUCAGAUCGUUAUCCAGGGCGGCUCUAAUGGGGGUCUGCUGGUUGGAGCCUGUAUAAAUCAGCGUCCGGAUUUAUUUGGAGCAGCAGUUGCUCAAGUCGGAGUGAUGGACAUGCUGCGUUUCCACAAGUUCACCAUCGGGCAAGCUUGGGUCACCGACUACGGGGACAUUGGAGAGAAGGAGCACUUUGAAAAUUUGUACAAGUAUUCACCGCUGCACAACGUGCGCGCGCCAAAGGCCGAGAGCGAACAGUAUCCGGCGACACUCGUACUCACCGCGGAUCACGACGACCGGGUCAGUCCGCUGCACUCGCUGAAAUUCGUCGCCGCAUUACAUCACGCCGUUAAGGGUUGUCCCUACCAGAAGAAUCCGUUGCUGUUGCGCGUGUACAGCAAAGCCGGUCACGGAUUGGGCAAACCGACAACGAAAAAAAUCGACGAAGCGACCGACGUUUUAACGUUUAUGUACAAAACCUUGAAGUUUAAGUUGAACUGUUAAGGGCGCAACACUCGGCGCCAAGCGCAUGAGGUGUGUUUCUUGUUAGCUGUUGUAUGGCCAUCUUCUUUUUUGUUUACCCCUUUUAUACAUAGCAUAAUGGGUUGUAUUCUUAAUUUAGUCCUUUCGUAGUCAUUAUGAUAAUGGAAUGAACGAAAAACAAAACUAAAAAAUCAGGUAAAUUGUAGAUUUUGUAUUGCAUGAAAAAAUAACAAAUUCAAUAAAAACAAGUAUCUUGAAUAAGUUGAAGUGGAGCAAGUGUUGUCAGAGACAAGAUGAUGAGUGUCCUUUUAAUAUAUGGAAGCUAACCAUAAUGGUUUAAAUUUAAUUUUUUCCAUUUGUUGCUUUAAAAUUGUUUAAAUAUUACAUCAAGAAUUGUUAGGCAAUUGCUCAGUUAUGGAGUAAAGGUAUAGUUUAUAAUCUGGAUA